AUGGACAGGGGACGGGAAGACUGCCUGGCCUCCAAGAUUAUGGACAUCCAGCGGAGCGCCAAUGGCGAUCCCGUUACAUACCAGCGUGCAAAGCAGGAGGAUCCGAUGGUUAUAAAUCAGUGGUUUGAGACUGUACAUGAAGCUAUUCAGGGAUAUGGUAUCCAUGGGGAUGAUAUCUGGAAUUUUGAUGAAGGUGGCUUUGCAAUGGAGCUCUGUUCAACCUCAAGGUCAUCACUGCGGUAG